AUGAAGUCCGCGCUGGAGGUACAACCAAAGACCAAAAAGAUUCUUACGAUUCGCGACAGGGCCACGACCGCGAUCGUAGAUCUUAUGGGGAUAACUCUCCUGGACACAAACCUUGGAGAAAUGCAAGGCAAUCGUACAUUCUACUCGAGCCUGGUCGAAUCGCGCCGUAUAGCAAGAAGAACGCGAAUCCUAGGGCUUCAAAACAAGGAAAUCAGUGAAACUAGUGCCACUAUCGCUCGUUAUACGAUAGAAAGAAUCCUCUUCACGGUUGACAAGGUGAUUGAGCGCAUUGUGACAUUUAUAAGUGCUGCGUCUAAACCGAUUGCUGGUUCAUUCCAAUGGGCAACCUUCCAACUCUGUCAGCAGCUCGAUGUACAAAACCUUGGCUGGAAAGGCCCUUCCUCGAAGUGCAGUGGAUGCCUCUCGGCCUUAGGAUGGAUUGGCUGCAAUCGUCAUGUUUCACGGUUUGGUGUCCCCGUGAAACCAGGAAAAAGUGAUCUGUCUCAUGCUGAUGCCACACAAGCGAAGCCAGUUGGACUGCUAGGAUCCUGGAUUUGGAGACACGAUCCGGAGCGAUAUGCGACCGAGAAGUAUCACAAGGCCCUGGACCACUUGGUUAAAGACACUCUAUUUCAGAAUACUAACAUCCCGCCUGGUCAUGUGUACAAACAUUGGACUAUAGAGGAGCUACUGAACACCAAGGACGUUGUGCUGGAGGGAAACUGGGAGUGA